GAUUGCGGAUCUGCACAGUGAUUCCCUUGGAUGUGAAUGCAGUGUCCCCUGUGGGUUGCAGUAGGUGAUGCCCAGCUCUACUGCAAUGGCCAUUGGAGCUCUUUCUAGUUCUCUUCUUGUCACCUGCUGCCUCAUGGUUGCCCUCUGUAGUUCUACUAUCCCUGUGCAAAAACUGGCCAAGGCUCAAGACAAACAGGAGAUCAAGACAAGCCAGGAAAAGAGAGAUCACGCCUCCACCAGGGACAGCCAGACAGGCCCUGGGAAAAUGAAUGAAAUCGGCAGGAAUGGGAGGGAGGAGGGCACCAGAGAUUGGAAAAGCAAAGGAAACAGAAAUUAUUCAAACAAAGACUCUUGGACUAAGCAGAAGCAGGCUUGGACUAGUCAGGGAGCCAGCAGUAAAUCCGGGAAUGUUGAAGAUCAAGAGCAGAGUGACGGUGUCCCGGAGGAGCCUCAGGCGGCUGAAGAUCCCUCCCUCCCAGAAGCUGUAGCGAGCACUACACCUGAGCCCCCUGAGGAGUAUGCUUAUCCAGACUACCGUGGGAAAGGAUGUGUAGAUGAGAGCGGCUUUGUUUAUGCUAUCGGGGAGAAGUUUACUCCAGGCCCCUCUGCCUGCCCCUGCCUUUGCACUGAAGAGGGACCUCUGUGCAUACAACCUGAGUGCCCAAGACUCCACCCCCGGUGCAUUCAUGUCGACACCAGUCAGUGCUGCCCACAGUGCAAAGAGAGGAAGAACUACUGUGAAUUCAGAGGGAAGACCUACCAGACUCUGGAGGAAUUCAUGGUUUCCCCAUGUGAGAAAUGUCGCUGUGAAGCCAAUGGUGAAGUGUUGUGCACAGUGUCUGCAUGCCCUCAGACUGAAUGUGUGGACCCAGUCUAUGAACCAGAUCAAUGCUGUCCCAUUUGCAAAAAUGGCCCCAACUGCUUUGCAGAAACCACUGUCAUUCCAGCAGGCCGAGAGGUGAAAACUGACGAAUGCACUAUAUGUCAUUGUACUUAUGAAGAAGGCACUUGGAGAAUUGAACGACAAGCUAUGUGCACUAGACAUGAAUGCAAACAAAUCUAGGAAACCUACAAAUCAAAGUACUUUGAUUUUUUAUAAAACAUUUCACUGCGGUGAGCACUCAAGAUGACUCUGGGAAAUCUGAAUCAUUGUAAUUAGAAGAUUUGGGGAAGGAGAAAAGAAUGGCAUCCUGGUAUUUUGUUUUUCAUAGUAACAUAAUACUGCAAGGCAAAGAAAUGCACAUAUUUAAAGAAGUUUGGACAUAAAGAUUCCUGUCUUAAUAAAUGUGUUUUAUUUUCACAGGGAGUACACUGAAGUAUACUCUAUCAAAUAUUCUAUGUAUUUCUAUAAUCCCAUUAUAGAGCUUAAAAAUAAAUGUUUUAUAUAGAUAAUACAGAUUAAAAUACUGUAUGGUCACCUGUCCUACUGUAUACAUGAACCUUGGCUAAAACAUUUCCAUUCUAGUUUUAUCAUCUUUUUCUUUUUUCUGUUGUGGGUAACAGUAUUUUGUGCCUGGCCAGGAAAUAGCCAGCAGAUCACAGACUUUAGAUACUUUUAAAAAGUAUAUGUGGUGUUUCAAAGAAUAUUUCUGUGCAAAAGUGGGCCCAGUCCUCUUUUCAGUUUACUGGUGCCUCCCCAGAAAUGGUGUAAUUGGGAACAAAGCUUGAAACUGCAACUUCUGUAACACCCACUACGAAUCUCUGGUUGGAUAAAUCACAUUAAUCCC